UAUCUAUUUAUUCAACUAAAUAAAUACUUCAGCUAGUUUUAAUCAACAAUUAGCUGUUGGUCAAAGGAUGAAUCAAUCUUGCCAGGAUACCUCGCCACGUAAGUACGUUACACAGCAUAGCAUAUCGCUUAACUUGACGAAUCAUCUCACUUCAGCGCGUCUUAAAUCUUUGCAUCGCUCGUGUCUACCGUAUGUUCGUUCGUGUUAUAUACCUCCCUUUUAAAUUAUGAGAGGUAGUAUCUAGAGCCCCUUGAUGUUUCGACGACUUUGGCCGGGGCUACGUAGCCCGGCCACCACCAACAUCUCUAGACGAUGGCCACGUCCGCAAUCUCACACCUCCUUUUUCACGUCGAGGACAGCGUAUCGGCAAUAUGGCUCAAGAAACCGCCAGCCACUGUCCAAAAUCUUGCACGCAGAGAUAUACGGCACUAUAGUUAUAGCGAUUGGCUUGCUGGUGACAGAUACAUCCCUGAGCCUUGAAAAAAGAUCAGAGCUCGCUAUGCAGACUAUCAAUCAUGUCUCUAAUGCGCCGGACGCGGCCACUAGGCUCCAACGCUACUGGGAUACAGGGCGCUCACUGCUUGAGAGGUACUCAGGCGCCGCUCUGGAAUACGAUGCCCAUCUACGGCUGGACCAGUGGAGGGAUGAUGAACUUGAGGCCCGAUUGAUGGUCACGCCUGAUCCUGACGUUCCGGGGGGAUCCUUCAUCCUCUGUCAAGUUGUUCUCUUUGAAGAAGUACCGUCGCAAGAAAACCGGAUCGAGAACCAGCGUAUACAUGAUCUUAUGCAUGAUCUGCUAUCUGGCACCGAAGCUUUCGCGCAGUAUCGCGGCGGGCUGGCACGUGGUGUGCUGUUAUUCAUGGAUAUGGAUGGCCGGUGGUUGAACAUAUACUUCGACGGAAAGAGGUGGUUUAACAUUGCAUAUUGGCCGUUUAAGAUGGCGCAGGAUCUAAGUUAUGAGCCAUGAUACGAAUUGUUUACUUCAUCGUAUCUUGCCUAGCUUAUUGACUUUGCGGUAUAAGGAUAUUAUAUGGAAAAUCGGUAUUCGAGUAGUUCAAGGACGUACAUGGGGUGAUUCAUAAAGGCAUCACAUAGUAAGUUUUAGCACAUUGGAUUUUAUAGGGGAGUCAUGUAUAGAAACAGGCACAUGUCAAUAUGGCAACCAAAACAAUAGGUACCUACCUACCUAGGUAGGUAAAGUGAAAAAAGGGGUUAGUUAUAUUACGCUACCUACCUAAGGUAGGUAGGUAGUUACCUCUAUGGUAGGUAUAUGAUUUUACUGUCUUAAGCCGUAAUAACUCGUUGGCCAUACCUAGGUAACUAUUAGUUAGGCGUGACUAAUUGAAACAGCCGCAUACGUCGCAAGGACGAUUAUUCAUAAUGUUCUUGUACUGUAGCUUGUUGCCGCAAGCGUAGCAUUCUGGUCCUGAUUGUAAACCCUCCAUG